AUGGAGGGUCAAGAUGAGGGGACGAUAACAGGGGAUAAGCGGGUUGAUAAAGAGAGGGGAAACGAGAGGAGGUGGGGAGAGUCUGUGAAACAGCGAUCGAGGGGCGAAGGGGGAGAAAGGAUGAAGAGCAGAUAGUCUAGCGUCCGAGGGCAAAGGAAAGGAAAAGAAGGUGAGAGCCGACAGAAUGCGGAUAUUGGUCAGUCAUUUGCUAAGCAUGCAGAACCGAAGCCCUGGAUUGAGCACUGACAUUUAGGCUCUGGAUUCAACAGUCACUUCAUCCAUGGCUUGGCAUUCCCACAGACCCGCGAAGAUUAUUCUCGUCACCAAUUUCCCCUACCAACUGGAGGAAACUUUUCGUUCAACUACAGUCUUGACAACCAGCCAUCGAUAACCACCGGCAAUUCAGCAAAAAUGGUGGGUUGUACUCGUUUCAAUUCAAAUUCAUCCAUCACUCAAGUUUGGCAGACUGAUCAUUUUCAUAGCCUUUCACCAAAACCGUCAAGUCCAGCGCCUACUACUCCCGCUACCAGACCAAGUACCGCCGUAGGCGUGAGGGAAAAACCGAUUACUAUGCUCGCAAGAGACUGAUUACCCAGGCGAAGAACAAGUACAAUGCGCCCAAAUACCGUCUCGUUGUCCGCUUCACCAACCGUGAUGUAUGUCCCCGAUCAGCUUUCGUUUGAAGAGCCCUGAACCUCGAUCAUUCGUUUUUAUUUCCGGUGUCGCUGGAGUAGACAGAAACGUCUUCCCUCCACGCAUCGAGCACGUUGAUAACGUGAUGAAAAAUGAAUGGAGGUGGGCUAAUUGCUUCUGCUUUGCGCUACAGAUUAUCACCCAGAUCGUCUACUCCGAGAUUGCCGGAGACAAGGUUUUCUGCUCCGCCUACGCUCACGAACUCCCCCGCUACGGAAUCAAGCACGGUCUUACCAAUUGGGCUGCCGCGUAUGCUACCGGUCUUCUCUUGGCCCGUCGCACCCUUGUUAAGCUUGGUCUUGAUGAGCACUUUGAGGGCGUUGCUGAGCCUAACGGUGAAUUCAAGUUGACCGAAGAGGCCGAUAUCGAGGGAGAGCCUAGACGUCCAUUCAAGGCUUUCUUGGAUGUUGGUUUGAAGAAGACUACCACUGGUGCUAGAGUUUUCGGUGCCAUGAAGGGUGCUUCUGACGGCGGUCUUUACAUUCCCCACUCUGAGAGCAGAUUCCCUGGUUACGAUAUCGAGACCAAGGAAUUGGAUUCUGAUACUCUGAGGAGGUAAGCCUUAGACUAGCAUGGAGUUUACUACACUCCACUAACAAGCUAUUAGGUACAUUUUCGGCGGUCAUGUCGCCGAGUACAUGGAGACUCUUGCUGACGAUGAUGAGGAACGCUACAAGUCCCAGUUCCAGCAAUACCUUGAUGACGGUGUUGAGGGUAUUUACUCCCUUUUCCGCUAUUCUCCCCAGCUGUGCUAACGAUCCAAUAGCUGAUGGUCUCGAGGACCUUUAUACCGACGCUCAUGCCAAGAUCCGUGAGGACCCCAACCUUGAGGACCCCGACAAGGACACCAGGGGCAAGGAAUACUGGAAGGCCCAGAGCGAGAAGUACCGCCUCAAGAAAAUCUCGCGCGAGGAUAAGAGGGCCAACGUUCAGAAGAGGAUUGCAGAAUUACGAAAGUAGUUCUUGGGUUUUAGGGGUUUCUGUCUUUCCUUUUUUCUUUUUCUCUGUCUUCUGGCCACAGGCGCUUGUUGUAUUCUUGACUAAAAAUUUCAGAGAAUGGGAUUGGGGCGGACUUUAUCAAUGUCACGGCAAAAUUU